CCCCGCCCCGUGCGUCCUUCCCCGCGGGUUCAGCCCGGAGUGCGGCGCUCGCCGGGUCCCUUUCCCCCCUCGCCCGGUUCGCUGUGGCCCCGCAUCCKGCUGGAGCGGACCCCGGGCUCUCGGACGCAGGUCCUGAUGGCSGCGCCCGUUACUCAGCAGGUCAGCGGCGGCGCCGCCCCGUCCCCGAGCCCGGCGCUGGCCGGCCCUGAGAGCGGGCAGCCCCUGGCGCCCUCCGUGGCCGAGUUGCCGGUGCUGGACGCCACGGGGAAGAGGCUGCCCUUCGGCGCACUGUUCCGGGAGCGACGCGCCGUGGUGGUCUUCGUGCGGCAUUUCCUGUGUUACACCUGCAAAGAAUACGUGGAGGACCUGGCCAAAGUCCCCGAGCGACUCCUACACGAAGCAGAUGUCACCCUUAUAGUGAUUGGACAGUCAUCCUACCAUCAUAUUGAGCCUUUCUGCAAACUGACUGGGUAUUCCCAUGAAAUCUAUGUUGAUCCUGAGAGAGAAAUUUAUAAAAGACUGGGAAUGAAAAGAGGUGAAGAAAUUGCCUCCUCAGGACAGAGCCCCCACGUCAAGUCAAAUCUGCUCUCGGGAAGCCUUCGGAGCCUGUGGCGGGCAGUGACUGGCCCUCUUUUUGACUUCCAAGGAGACCCAGCCCAGCAAGGCGGGACCCUCAUUGUAGGUCCAGGUAACAACAUCCAUUUUAUGCACCGUGAUAGGAAUAGGUUGGAUCACAAACCCAUAAACUCUGUCUUACAGCUUGUAGGAGUUCCGMAUGUGAACUUCACAAGCAGACCUUCCGUCAUCCACGUGUGACUUGCCAGUGGUCCUUGGGAACCUGACCUUCAGUGCCAGCAUGCAGCACCUUGUGCUUUCUGGGGCUGGCCCCUCCCAGCCUCUGAGGGAGGAUGAGAGCAGAUUCCUUCCAGUUGGAUCCAGGUUGAGGCUUCAGUUGUCAAAAAUGUGCUACAUAUUUUAAAUUUUGUAGCUUUUUAUA